UGGAGUGGUGGCGGCGGGAUGCGGCUGGGGGCGCUGUCAUCUGUGCGGAAUCCCGGGCUCAGCCCUCCGACAGCUCCCGGAGCUGGGGCGCCCGGUGGUGGGAAAGGAGGCCGGGCGGAGGGUGACGCACAGGCGAGGCCCGGCAGCGAGCCAGGCGGGGACCCGCAGAGUCGGUCCAGAGGCGACAGAGAGGCAGGGGGACCCGGGAGCUCGGCGCACAGCGUCGCCAGCUGGGACCCGGGCCGCAUCGAUGACCGCGGACCGGCCCUCCCUCCUGGUCUGCGGAGAUGAGCCGGCUGAGCAAGCAGUGAGCAGCUUUUCAGACUCAGAGCUGCGGGAAGGGCUGGAUGCAGGCUGAGCAGGAGCCGCCCUUACGGCCUCUGACCCAGGUCCAGGGCAGGGUCCUGCUCUACUGUGCAGCUGGCAUUGGUGGGACUUUUCAGUUUGGCUACAACCUCUCCAUCAUCAGUGCCCCAACCUUGCACAUUCAGGAAUUCACCGAUGAGACAUGGUGGGUACGUACUGGCAGGCCACUGCCUGACCACCUGAUUCUGCUUGUGUGGUCCCUCAUCGUGUCUCUCUACCCCUCGGGGGGCCUCUUUGGAGCUUUGCUUGCAGGACCUUUAGCCAUCACAUUGGGAAGGCAAAAGUCCCUUUUGGUGAAUAACACCUUUGUGGUGGCCGCAGCGGUCCCGUUUGGCUUCAGCCGCAAAGCCGGCUCCUUCGAGAUGCUCGCGCUGGGACGGCUCCUGCUGUGUAUGUGUCCAGGUGUGAGCAUGAGUGUCCAGCCCAUGUACCUGGGGGAGAGUGCCCCCAAGGAGCUCCGAGGAACCGUGGCCUUGACCUCAGCCAUCUUCACAGCUCUGGGGAUGGUGACGGGACAGGUGGUUGGACUCAGGGAGCUCCUGGGUGGCCCUCAGGCCUGGCCCCUGCUACUGGCCAGCUGCCUGGUGCCCGGGGCAGUCCAGCUCGCCUCCCUGCCUCUGCUCCCCGAGAGCCCACGCUACCUCCUCACUGACCGUGGGGACACUGCCACCUGCCGGGCAGAUGAAAGGGCUGGGGCUGGGAGCUCAGCACUCUCCUCUCCCACUCAGUGCUGCAGCAGCUGCGGGGUGCUGGGGCCGGCUGGGGAGCUGCAGGAGCUGGAGCGGGAGCGCACAGCCUGCCAGGGCCCCUGUGCCUGCGCCGGCCGGCCGCCGUGGGAGCCAGCCGUUCCAGCGCCGGCCCUGCGGAGGCAGGUGACAAGCCUGGUGGUGCUGGGCAGUGCCAUGGAGCUCUGCGGGAAUGACGAGGUGUACGCCUAUGCCUCCUCCAUGUUCCAGGAGGCGGGAGUGCGCCAGGAAGUGCAGUACGCUAUCACAGGGACCGGAGGCUGCAAGCUGCAGUCGCUGUUGCCAGCACGAGUCGCCCUCAGCCCUCCGGGAGGGACCUCAGGUGCUGGCGCUCCAGGGACCACGGUCCUCUGUGUGAAGCCAUUCAUUCCCGCUUACUGUUCUCCUAAAGCAAUAAACUGCUCCCUGCCCACCCUCAGCUCCCUCAUGAGGUCCCUCACCGUUGUCUGCCCCGGGUCGCUGCUCCUGUCUUUGCAGGGUGCAGCCAUGGAGAAGCUGGGCUGGCGCCUGCUGCAUGGGGGGUACUGCCUGAUGGCCGGCUGGGCCCGUGUCUUCACAGCCGCCCUGUGCCUGCAGGUGGCUGGGGUGAGGGCGGGCGGCCAGGCACAGCUGAUCUGCACCUCACCUGCCCCGUCUGUCUGCCAGAGCCCCCUCCCCGGGGUGCCCUACCUGGCCGUGGCCUGCGUCUUCGCCUUCAUCCUCAGUUUCAGCAUUGGCCCCGCCGGGGUGACGGGCAUCCUGGCCACAGAGCUGUUUGACCAGACGGCCCUGCCUGCUGCCUCCGUGAUCUGCGGGGUGCUCAUGUGGGCCAUGCUCUUCCUGGUUGGGCUGGGGUUCCCCUUCGUCAUGGAGGGCUUGUCCCACUUCCUCUAUGUCCCUUUCCUCGGUGUCUGUGCCUGUGGCACCAUCUACACUGGCUUCUUCCUCCCUGAGAUCAAAGGCAAGUCCUUCCUGGAGAUCUCUGAGGUCUUACACAGACUCAACUUACACAACUCAAGCCAGGGCCCCCCAUGGAGAAGCCUGGUGGUCACCCGGUCCACACAGCUCUAGCUCCAAAGGGGUGGCCGGGGCCUCGGCCUCCACUCAGCCCCGAAUUCCUUUGUUUGAUGAGUGUUCAUCGAGCACUUGUCAUGUGCAGAUGUGGUGACAGCUGCCUAGCAGUCAGUGGGGACAGUGGUGUUCCAGUCUAGAGGCCACCGACAGACAGGAAAACUAUUCAAAACAUAACAACAGACUUGGGAAGUGUAGUGGAAGGAAAAUGCAGGUUGUGGUGGGCAUGCGCGCCCUGCGUGCCCAGCCGCCUGGCCUAGUCGGGGAGGGGCAUGAUCAGAAAAGAAUUUUCUGAGGAAUUGAUUUUUUUCAAUCAAUUUUAUUGAGAUGUAAUUGACAUAUAAUCAAAGACAACCAUUUUAAGUAUUCACUUGAGAUUUGACAGAUGUAUACACCCGUCAAAACCACCACUGUCAAACACCACCACUGUCAAGACAGGACAUUCAUGUCACCCCAAAAGCAGCCUCAUGCCCUCUGCUGUCAGCGACCCCCCCGCCCCUUGCCUCAGGCAACCACUGACCCACUUGUUGUCACUGCUGGUCGGAUACGCCUUUCUGCGGAACUUGAUGUAUGUAUGCAUUCGGGUCUAGCUUUGGUGCAGGUAAAGGUUUUCAGAUUCACAUGCAUUGCCGCCUGGGCUCAUGUGUGUCUCCUUGCAUUGUUGAGCAGUCAGCCCUUCUGGUUAGAUCAUGAUGCGUUUGUCCAUUUUCCUGUUGGUGGACAUUGGUUUGAUUCUGAUUCUUGGCCAUCAUGAAUAAAACUGCUGUGAACAUUUCUA